AUGAAGCUCAACUUGCCGACCUGCUUCUCAUGGCCGUCCAGCCGCCGGAGCCGAAAAGGCCUUACUUGCCUCGUCAGGAGUCCUCCAAACAACAGCAAGCCGGCUUUCGGGCCGGUGGAUACGGUUCGCCGCAUGUCUACUCCCUCUGCCUCUCGGGCCAAGAAGCAGGCGUUGGACAGGGACAUGAUCAUCUCCGUCCUUGAGUCUGCAGCCACCAGGCGAGAUGCAAAGGGCUAUCUGCAGAAAUACACACAUGGGAAAACACCAUGCCCCUCUGCGCCAUCGCAUGAGCCGGCCGCGGGCAGUCCCGUCGCAUCACUCACCAACGGGCGUCCGACGAUGACGACGACGACGACGACGACGACGACGACGACAAAGACGACGGAUCCCACCGACGCUGCCGUGGUGACGUUACGCCUGCCCCAGGAGCUCUCCUCCGACGUGCUGCACGGAAUCGCCAAGACCUUGUCGCAACUACGCGUCCUCGGUCUCACCGCUCUGGUGGUUGUGGACGGCGGCGCGGGAGCCGACUGUCGGCUUCUCGAGGACCAGGCCCUGCGGCUUUGCGAGGCGAUCGACUCGUUCGCCGGUCCCGGAUCCAAAAUGGCAGGGCACGUGUUUUCGAGGCGGAAACGCAAGACGCCCGCUUCGACGCCGCCCGGGGUCGUCGCCGACACUAUCCUCGUAGACGACCGCGGCGUUUUGGAAAGGGCUUUGCGGCGGAGCGUGAUUGUGGUGAUGCCAUCGCUCGCUCGUCCCGACGACAUCUCUUGCCGCGCACCAGCUGACGCAAACGCAACAACGCUUGCAUUGACUCGAUACCUGGCAGGCUUUCCAUCCGAAGCUAGCAGCGGCACCGACGAUCCGGCCUCUGCCCCCACAACCCACCCGUCGGCGAGACUGGCGUCAGUCGAGAGAAUCAUCAUCCUCGAUCCUCUUGGCGGAAUUCCCAUGACACGACGGCCCCAUGUUCCCCACCGACUAAUCAAUCUUGAGCAAGAAUACGACAUGCUUCUCCAAAACUUGAAGGCUGGGGCAUCGACAUGCCCAGAAACAGCUGGGACGGGUCGUCCCAACGCCCCAAAUGACAACCAUGCAGCAAACCUCAGCCUCGUCAAGGACACCCUAACCCUCCUCCCUCCUACCUCAUCGGCACUCAUCACCACGCCUUUUGCUGCGGCUUGCACCAGCUCGAGCACGCCACCAACCGCUCACCGUCGUCCGCUGCUGGGCUUUGACAGCAUGGUCACCACCAGGAGGCAAAGGAACCCGCUCCUGCACAACCUGCUCACCAACCGUCCUGCCUUCUCCCCGUCGCUGCCGCUCAAGAGAAUCCAAGACGAAGAAGACGGAUCGUCUCAAAGGGUAAACUCCGGUUCGGCCACGCUGGUCAAGAGAGGCAUGCCGGUAACCAUCUAUCCCGAUCCGCGAGUCGAACCAUGGCGUUUUUCCAAGCCCACCGCAACGCGUCUUCGACUCACCGAUGACUGCUUCGACCUUGCUCGUUUACUCUACCUCAUAGAAGACUCGUUUAACCGCAAGCUCGAUGCGCAGCACUACCUGAAACGGGUGAAUGAUAAUCUGGCCGGGGUCAUUAUCGCGGGCGAGUACGAAGGCGCUGCCAUCUUGACCUGGGAGUUGCCCGUGGGUGUCAGCGAGCAAGAUGCCUGUGCUCAGCGUCGGUUCGUCCCGUACCUGGACAAGUUUGCAGUCUUGAAAACGCGCCAGGGAUGCAGUGGGGUGGCGGACAUCGUUUUCAACGCAAUGGUGCAGGAUUGCUUCCCGGACGGCGUCUGCUGGAGAAGCCGCAAGGACAACCCCGUCAACAAGUGGUACUUUGAACGCUCAGCAGGGACCUGCCAACUAUCCGCGUCAAACUGGGCCAUGUUUUGGACGACAAUGGAUGCGAAAGAGCGGAGCACAACGCUCCAGGACUACGAAUCAGUAUGUCGAAGCGUGGAGCCGUCAUGGGCGGAUAAGAAACAUGUCAUAGAUUGA